AUGGAUUGGAUGUGUAUGAAUACAGUGAGAUUAAAUGUUGUGUGCUUCAAGAGUAAAAACUUAAAACAAGGAGGAGCAGCAUUACAUAGUAUUCCUCUUUUUAAUAGUUUUUUUCAUGAGCUUAACUCUCAUAAAUUAUCUUCUAGUAGAUAUUUAGCAAAUGGUUUAAUUUUCCCUGCUCAAACUAAACUUAAAAAGUAA